AUGACUCUAACACAAACCCAUAUUGAAAGAGAUGUUAAGAAUAUUAAAAAAAAAGAAAACAACAUAACAAUUUAUAUACAAAUCUCACCUAGAAAAAGAACAGUGACUCCAACUGUCCCCACUUCAAUGACAACUCGUAUACUGACUCCAAUGACAAAAUUGCACCUGGAAGAAGAACAGCGACUCCAAAUGAACUCAUAUUGGAAAAAAAAAAGAGACAUUAAUAAUAUUAAAAAGAAAAAAAUGCAUAGUGACAACUCAUACACUAACUCCAACAAUGAAAUCACACCUGGAGAUGAACUUAUACUAGAGAAAAGAG